AUGACUUCAAGAAUAUCGCAAGCGACGGUUUUCUCAUUCCUUAUAUACUCCCAAUUUUCACAGGCGUUAUCAAAAAUUUCAAUUGGACUUCGACCAUAUCAAUAUCAAUAUGUAGACUCUGAUUUCAAUCAAAAGUAUAUCUAUGAACCAGAGUCACUGCGACCAACGCCAAUUCCAAAAGAAGAGAUUUUAAAAGAAGAAGAUAUUCCUGCUUUCAAAACGCUGGAUUUUCUAAAUAUGCCGUCAGAACUAGAAGGAUCUGCAAGUGCGUUCCGAACAAUGAAUAUAGAGAAUACGGCUACAAUAAUCCCAGCUGAUGUGAAACCUAUAGUGCCAAAGCCAAAAAAGAGAAAAACGAAGAGGAAACCAAAGCGAAAACCAAAGAAAAUGCAUCUCCGACGCGUAUUCAAGACGAGGUUGAUAACUACCACACCUCGACCGAUACUAAUUGAAGAGAACAGAAUAGAUGAAGAUGGCAUAGAAACCACAACAAAUGUGAUAAAUUUAGCGCCGAUUUUUGACGCUGACACUGGCACUUCUUACACUCCAGCGGAGCUGGACAAGAUAUGCCAAGAGACAGUGCAUGUUAGCAAAGGAUUUGGCAUUUCCGAUAUCGAAAGCUUUGCGAAAAAUAAUUGUUUCCUGAUUCGUUUGUAUUAUCCGAGUGUUACGUGUUCUCAAAUCAAUCAACUAGUUGGAUAUUGUAGAGAGAAUGGACUAAUAAAUGUGGGUUCGAUGAGUUUCUAUUGGCAGCAAGGCCUGCAACAACAGCAGGACACUGGCCAAGCAGCAAACCAACAGUCACAACAGAGCCAUUGGGACUUUAUUAACCUCGGCGGAGCACCUGCGCCUCAGCAUCAAUGGAAUUCGCAGGCGCAACAGCCACAGCAACAACAUCAGCAGCCGCAGACUAACUACUACUAUCAACAGACACCUCACCAACAACAACAACCUACUAAUCAUAAUACUAACGUUAUUGGAUGGCAAAAACAUCAUUUCAGUUAUGACACAACCCUCACUAUUCAUUUUUCAGUACCUCAACAUCCAGCUCCAAUACCACAACCUCAACAAACACAACAAAUACAACAUCAACCACAAUUGCCAAAGAAAAAGACUCAACAAGUUGUGAUCGAGCAUACACCUCUCUUACCACCGGUUCAAAAUCAUGCCUCUCCUGCCGCUCCGAACUUCACCCCAGCGCCACCUGUACUGACGCCCGCAUUUCAUCAAGUGGACUCUCAACAGCAGCAGCAGUACUAUCAACAACAAGUCCUUCAGCAAGUACAUCAACAGCACCAGCAGUAUGCCAACUCAACGCCAGGUGCAAAUUGGGAUCAAGGGUAUUCUCAACAGCCCGCAGCUGUGCAGUCUACACCCCAAUUCCAACCACCACCUGUGCCACAGCUUGGAUCGGCGCCACCAUCGAUGGAAGUAACACCGGAGCCUCAACACAAACCAGCACCUGCUCCACAGAUGGCUCCACCUCCAACUGCCAAACCGACACCGGUCCCCAUACCUCCGGUACUGAUCCCUCCGAGUGUUGUUCAGAUGAAUCCUGCUCCCGCAGCUCCUAAACCACCUGUAGUGAAAAAAGAGGAGCAUCUCGUAAUCACUGCGCCUGUUACCGCUGAAGAGCCCAAGACCAAAGUCACACCGACAUCUUCUGAAGACGAUUGGGAGAAAGCGGACAUGGAGAUUCAACGCGUUGACGACGAGAACAAACGCCAAAAAACUGCCCAAUCGGUAGAAAAGCCAGGAGAAUCGAGAGAGUCUUCAUCUCUAGGGGGGUCGUGGUCCCAACAAGGCUCACAACCUUCAGAAAGAAGUUCCGUGGAACCUGUGGAGAUUGUGGAGCAUCCAGUGGUAGAAGACGGUGAACAGAAAACUCCAAGAGUAUCAAUGUCGGAUACUCAUGAAGUACCGACAACCAUUGUUCACACUGCAAUGCCCGCUUUUGAGGAUCGUGAAGAGACUCCAGAAGCUGGUCACCGCAACCAAAACUAUUCGGUUACAAUUGAUUCUAGCAGCAGUCCAUUGGAAGCGAUUGCGACAAGCACGCCUAAAGACAAGCUGGAAAAAAGAUCAUCAGUUUCGUCUCAAGGAACCAUCGGUGCAGACAGAAAUCGCUCGUCCAAAAACUCAAAAAUGAGCGACAAUCAACGCCACGACCAAGACAGUUACAAGAAUGUCAACGAUUUUGCUGAAAGAGAAGACGCUUCUGGAAACAAUAGCGACAGCACAAUGGCAUCUGGAAGACCGGAGUUUGUGAGAGGAGAGGCUCGGGCAAGCUACCGCGAGUACAAGAAGACCUACAAUGCCAUUGUAGAUCGUCUUAACUUUAUGAGAUCCAACACUACCCACUCUGACUAUAGACCGUCUUCGAGGAAUGCGAAUCCACUUUUGGCUGCCGCCGGAAUACGACAACAUCCUGCUAUUCGUCGUGAGUCCCUUGGAGGACGUAACGACGGAAGAGCUUCUGUUCCUCUGCAUCAUAGUCAGAGCUUCAACGAGAAUAUGUAUCACGAGAAUGGCGGUAGAAGGAGCCGAGUGAGUCGAUUGGAUCCAAAUGGCCGUCCAUCGUCUCGACAUGGUCCAGGAUACGCGUCGGUGAACCAUAUGGAUCCCCGUAACCACUAUGAUCAGCGAGCAUACAUGCAACAACAAUAUCGUCAUGGACGUCAUAGUGCAAUGGCUGGAGCUCAGGUCUCUCGAAGACCACCAUCCAUAAAUGGAAGUGAGCAGUACGGAUACGGACAUCCUGGAGUGGGAUACGGUCAGGAACCACAAGAGACUUCUAGCAUCUCUGAAAGCGAGGAGGACGACGAGAACGGAGAGAGCGAUGACGAAGUCCGUGGAUACAACAUGCAACAGCAUAGAGCUCAUCGUGGACAACAAUUCUUACCUCAACAGUCCUCUGAAGACGACGGACAAACCCUCUACUAUUGUGGAGUUGUUCACGUCAACAUGGAAUCUUGGCGUCGUAUUAUAGAAAAGCAUGGAGUCCCUCCAGAGUUCUAUAACCUGAAUCCAAUUGAAAAGGCUGCGUUUAUGUUUUACACUGUGGUUUUCAAACAACCAUAUAAGAACGUGGAUGCUUUCCACAACAGAUUCAAUCGGGAGUUUUACAAGUACAUGUGUGCAAACCUUUCUAACGAUGACGCAUUGUACAAGAUUUGCCAUUCAAUGCAACAACAAUACCUGGAAAGACAAAAACAGAAAGUGCAGGCUUAUGAGUCUAUGAAAGCGACCAUGUUCAGUGAUGAAACCAGUAUUGAUGGACAAAGUGAGAUCAACAGCGUUUACGAAGAGUCUCUCAGCAACUAUGACGUCCACAACAAUGGUCCCCUCAAAUUCACAUGCCCACACAGUUUCUUGCACAUUUCCAAUGGAGGACAAAUGAUCUCGAUUCAACCAGAUCAAUCGAUUUCAGCUGUUAUCUUUGACGACAUUGGCUCGGCUAUGAAGGAUAUUGCCACGUUGCAAAUCAAAGAUGCCGCACAGCAGUUCAAAGGACCACUGGUGCCAAAUCAAUCUGCCCCACACACUGUCCGAUUGUACAUCACCAAGCAAAUUGAGAACAUCAGAGCUUCCGCUGUUGCGAUAGAGAACCCGGAGGCGUAUGAUGUGGUGGAGUCUGUGUUGGUAUGGCAGCUGUUGGAGAUGAUGGUCAAGCAACAAGGAAACAUCACAGGUCCCGACAUUGCUGAACUCCUUGCCAAAGUUGCCAGACAGCCUGUUAAUGUUCAAGCUCCUCCACAAUUAUCCAACAUCACACCGGCGCUCAAUCAAUUCACACAGUUUCUGCUCGGAGGUCAUAUCGAUGAAGCAGUAGAAAGUGCUCUCCGUAAUGGGCUCUUCGCUGAUGCACUUGUUUUGACCCGUCGUCUGUUUCCAAAUGAUGAGCGCAAAAUUGAAGCGAUUGAAAGCCGAUUCCUCCAGACAAGGUCGAUGGACAAUCCAGUUACAACCCUGGUAUCAGUUGCAAAGGGAGAGGUGCCACCGGUUUUGAUCAACCCACCACUCGACGAUCAUCGUUGGAGUUGGAGAACUCAUGCCGCCAUUAUCCUUGCCAACUUGGAUCAACGUGGAACCGCUCUCAGCACAAUUCACCAGCUGGGACGUGCUCUCGCCAAACGUGAAUACGACAGCGCCGCCGACUUUUGCUUCCUUGUGUGUGGAGUGCUCGGAGGAGACAAGGAGAAUCCAUUCACCCCAGUUCCAACACCAGAAGGUGAAGAAGAAUACCGUCGGUACAUUUCAUUGGUCAACUCGGAUAUACCAGAUAAUGAAGCCAAUCCAAAGUGUCAAUAUGGAUUUGCACUUACCCAUCUUCACGCCACUGAGAUAUUUGACUACGCUAUGAGACUGAAGCCUGAUCGCGAAUCCCUCUUGGCGACAUCGGUCGAAUAUCAAACGGCACGUAUCAAGUACGCCAAGUUGCUUGCUAGUCAUGGAUUUGUCACUGACGCCUACAGGUAUUGUACCGAGAUUGCUCGUGCUAUCUGGUUCCACGUGACAACCUUCAAUCCUGAAGAUUUGUUGGAGUUGUGUGAUUUGGCUGAUUCUCUUCUUCAUAGAGCAGAUGUCAAUCCAAAUGAAACUCAAUGGAUUUACGAUUUGAGAUCAUCCAUCGAGACUGGGUUCGUGCCACAAACAGUGAAGCAAGAAAGCAAACAUUCGUCUCAAGACUAUUCCAGAAACCAGCCAGAGACAAUAUAUGAGCAGCCAGUGGAACCGUCACUUCCUACUCCUAUCCCUGUGCCUGAGCUAGAGUUCAUUCCCUCGGCAUUCACUGCUCCAAUCCAGCAAAAGCCUACGGAGCAUAUUCAACCAGCAGAACACCACGAGGAAGUUCCAUCCACGCCAGCCGGAUCUAUUUACCAGGAACAAUAUUCUACACAAGCUGAAACCCCCUUCUCCUUCCAAGCUACAAUGGAACAGUUCAAUCCAGCCGACGGCUUUACCACUCCACCGGAUGAUGGAUUUAGUGACGGACCAUUGACAAUGGCAUCUUCUCCACCAGUGCCGGAAAUGACACCCGAACAGUCAUGGUCUAGUGUCGCUGAUCCAGUAAAUGCUCAAAACCACAUCCCACAACAGAGUCAACAACAACCUGAGCCAGAUUUAAAGACGGAGCAAGAAGGCAGCAAUCAGAGUCAAGGGUGGUUUAAGUCAAUCCAAACCAAGGUUCAAAAGGCCACGGGGAAAAACCCCAUGAACCUUCCAGAGGACACAAACCCAACAAUCGUUUGGGAUCCGGCUCAAAACAAGUAUGUCGGCGCUGGAGUGGAAUCGGAACCUGUUGCAGCACCACCACCAACAGUUGCCGCUGUACCAACCGCACCAGUUGCAGGAGGUGGAUUGAGAGCUGCUAGAGGAGCAUCGCGAUAUGCCAAGGCUGGACUCGCCAGUUCUUCGUCACAGCCACCAGCAGGAAUGAUGGCACCGGCUCCUCCAACAGCUAGUUUCGGUUUUAUGCCAGCUCCUGUCGACGAUGACGGUGAUGCUGUUGAUCCAUUUAGUGGACAAGCCAACCCGACGAUACAGCAAUACGUUCAAAAACCGUCGAAUGAUUGA